GCAGCUGAGGUUGUAUAUAUGUCAAAGGCCCCAAAGUGAUCAGUGGAGUUUCCCUGUAACUCACUGGCUGUAUCCAUCCAUCCAUCUAUCUUUCCAUCUCAUUCUUUCGAUCAAGACUUUAGUCCCCAAAACCAACUAUGACUUUCUACAGACACUCAGGUCCCCGCAGCUAUACGACCUCCACUAUGGCAGAUCGCUUUGACUGCUUUUACUGCAAAGAUAACCUGCAGGGUAAAAAAUACAUCAACAAAGAUGAUAAGCACGUGUGCGUGCGCUGCUUUGACAAACUCUGCGCCAACACCUGCGCUGAAUGUCGCAGACCUAUAGGCGUCGAUGCAAAGGAGCUGACUCACAAGAACCGCCACUGGCACGAGGGCUGCUUCCGUUGCGCCAAAUGCUCCAAGUCGCUGGCCAACGAGCAGUUUGCUGCCAGAGAUGAUGGAAAGGUCAUGUGUGAUAAAUGCGGAGCUCGCGAGGACUCCGCGCGCUGCCAGGCCUGCUACAAAUUGGUUAUGCCAAGUUCUAAGAAUGUGGAAUACAAGAAUAAAAUCUGGCAUGAAGAGUGUUUCACCUGCUUUGAAUGCAAGCAGCCCAUCCGCAGCAAGACCUUUUUGACUAAAGGUGAUGAUAUGUACUGCGGUCCCUGCCACGAGAAGAAGUUUGCCAAGAACUGUGCCCGCUGUAAAGAGCCCAUUACCUCAGGCGGGAUUAGCUAUCAGGAUAAGCCCUGGCACGCUGAAUGCUUUGUGUGCCACACAUGCAAGAAGCCUCUGGCUGGAGCACGUUUCACUGCCCAUGAAGAUGAUUUCUACUGUGUGAACUGCUAUAAGGCUGAUGUGGCCAAAAAGUGCUCUGGAUGUCAGAAUCCCAUUACAGGGUUUGGGAGAGGGACCAACGUGGUGAACUACGAAGACAAGUCCUGGCAUGAAUACUGCUUUAACUGCAAAAAAUGCUCUCUGUCCAUGGCAAACAAGCGCUUUGUCAUCAAAGGAGAGCACAUCUACUGCACUGACUGCGCCAAAAAACUGUGAUGGCCUAAAUAAAAGGUUAAUAAUGCAGAGUAACAAUCAAAAUUAAGA